AUGAGUCUAAUGGGCUGCGACAAUCAGACACGGCUACACAGAGCUGUGCAACACGACAGUCUAGAGAUCGUGAAGCUACUCUUGGCGCGAUCCGCUAAUCCAAACUCGAUCGACAGCGGAGGCAGGACCCCUCUGUCACUUGCUGUCCUCCGCAACCGCAUUCAAAUUGCGAAGAUAUUGCUAGAGCACGGUGCAGAUGUGAAUCGACGCAGCGGUGUAACAACACUUUUGCACUUGGCAGUUAGGGACCAGCACAACACAUUGGUGCGUGUACUGCUCGAGUGGAAAGCAGAUAUAAAUGCACUUGACAAUAAGUACCGCACCCCACUGACUGUCGCAGUAUGUGACUUCAAUAUUGAGCUUGUGCAAGAGCUGCUGCAGAGCAGAUGGAAUGCGAGGCCGCUGAGUAAGAACCAGCUCCGUCCAGCAGUCCUUGAGUCCUUGAAGGCUAAGAAGGAAGUGUACGCCAUUAUCACCAAUGCACCCGUUCCUAUUACUGGUCGCAGCGUUGUCGAAAAUCAAGAAUCCAUGGACCAGGAGUAA